GGAAUAUUUCUAUAAUCCAUUUAACAUCAUGCCGUCACGUCGGCGUAGACGUGAACCAAGUAAUGAAGACACUGUGGCCAAAAAAAGCAGAUCUCAGCAGUGAGUGAUUCCAUAUCUUAAUUUAAAAGUGUUGAAAUUUUGAAAAUUAUAGUAAUGCUUUAAAAAAAAUUUCUUCCCUAUGGAAAGGUUGAAAUUUUUUUCAGGAAACCCGUUUAAAAAAAUAAAAUUUAAAAAACUCAACAAAGCAAUAGUUCUGGAACUAUUUAUUUAAAUUAAAACUAUUUAUUUCUUGUCUGACACAACACCUUACCCAAAAUGUAUAUCAAAGUUAACAUGAAUUCUAUUGUUACACAAAAUAUGUACUGAUUGGAUCUUAAGUUUAUAUUUAAAUUUCUAGGCAGUUUUAUUUUCAGGCAUUUUAUUCAUGCAAAAAGAGAUAAAGAUAUCUUAUUGAUCUUUGUAAUUCACUAGACCAAGACGAGAAGUUCCUACAGAAUUUAACAAAAAACGUUGUCUAGCCUGGUUCCAUGAAUACACAGGUAAAAAUUUUAUCAAUGGUAUUGUCAGUCAGAUCACCAGGCAGGCUAACUGAUUUUAUCUGUUGUUUCAAUAAUCAAUAUAUUAAUUAUUGAGUAAAGUACACAACUGCACUUUGAGCCUAAGACUAUUAGCUAAACAUAUCCAUGAAUCGAAUACACGAUAAAAUUGUGACUACAAAUCUUAUUUUUGGCAUAUCCUUAUUUAAUAUGAGAGACCCUCAUAUUUAAUGACAUAAUUCUACUUAUUAAGGUCCUAAUGAAGAAACUCUGGGUCCAGAGGGGAUGGAAAAGUUCUGCGAAGACAUUGGUGUUGAGCCAGAAAAUGUAAGUGUGUUUAUAGGUUUUGCUCCAACACUUCCUUAGUUUAAGUUAAUCUGCUUACUCAUUAUUUUAUUGUUUUCUCAUUUUUAGUGCUGUUUUUGUUUGUUGCUGUCUUUUUUAAACCAGAUAUAAUAUAAACUUCUUUCCUCCUUGCACACUUUUUAUUUGAAUGUAACUAUUUAUAGUCGCAAAGUUAAGUGCUUUGAGGGGGGUGGGGCGCAACCACACUGAUUAAUACACAGUUUUAAAAGUUAGAGGCACAAAAACUACCAGAAUGUGUGAUGCUUCAUGUUUACUAUGUGCUGUUGUAUCUAAAUUUUUUUUUAAAUGUUGAAAUGAUGUAUCUAGUUUAGCAUUAAUUAUACUGUCUUGACUGAUUUUUUUUUUAUUGACCAAUGUUAUGUUCACCUAAGUUUGAUUUCUGUUCUACUCUUAGAUUGUGAUGUUAGCACUGGCAUACAAGCUAAAUGCCAAGAACAUGGGCUUUUUCACUCUCGAAGAAUGGAUGAAAGGAAUGACAGAAUUGCAGUAAUUAUACUUUUAAUCCUUAUACUGUCCAAGAAUACUCAUAUUCCACAUUCAUGUAACUGCAAUGGUCAAGUGGCAGCUUGUUCGAGUCAUCUAUUUUUAAGACAUUACUUGUUGGGGAAUUCAUUUUAUCUUUAAACUAAUGCCUAUUGAAUUUAAUUGGGGUACCCCAAUUAAAACCUUUUGUGUUAUUUUAUAAAAUGUAGAUUUCAUGAUUUUUAUUUAGGUGUGAUACUAUUGGGAAACUUCAAAAUCGUCUUGAUUAUCUGAGAGCAAUGCUCAAUGAUCCAGUUAUUUUCAAAAAUAUUUACAGAUUUGCAUUUGAUUUUGCAAGGGUAAGUGAUAUUUUGCUUUUUUAAAAAAAACAACAACUUUUUUUAACCCUUUACAGGGCACACAUUUUUCCUGCUUUAACUCUGAACGGGCAACAUUUUUUCGGUUUUAGUAAGAUUUUGGGGUUACGAUAGUAAAAACAUCAAAUCUAAAGUGUUAGAGAAUAAAUUUUAUGAAAUUAAAAACAAAAUAAAGGAAAAUGAAUGCAGAUUUAUUAUUUUACUCAUACCAGUAUUUGAAAUGAACAAUCCAUCGUUGCCACUAAUCCACACAUGAACACAAACAUUAAAAAAGUACAACUUAUCGUUUGUGAUUGUCAGUCAUCUAUCCACUAUUUACAAACACUCUGCCUAGAAGUGUGUACACUGCUUAUGCUGAUAAUAGUAAAUAAUAUUAUUAUAUUUAGCUCCGCUUCAUAGUCAAUUUCAUGCAUUUCAAUGUCAUUUAAAUUGAACCCAGCAAAAUCUCCGCUAUUACUUGAAGAGUCAUCGAAAUCCAUUUUGAAAAACUAAGCACUAAAACCCUGAAAACUACCGGGUAUUAAAAAAUAUGAUUAAAUUUUAAGGAAACACUUGUAACUUGCGCAGACGUUAUCAAGCUAUUGGCAAAGUUAACAAUGGGAAGUCUUGCAAAGUAUUGGAGAUCGCAUGGUUACAACCCUUAGUUGUCACGGAUGCUUUCUGGCGUUUUGCCCAUUCACUGGUAAAGACCUUUUUUGUCGCUGUGCCAAGUAAAGGGUUAAUCUGUUUCUUUUUCACUUUUUGUUUGUUUUCAAUUUCGCUCAUUGUUUAUAUGAUAACUACUAUAUUUAAGUUUUAGAGUAAACUAUUUUUAUUAUCUUCUCUAAAGACAUAACUUUUAAGAGAUAUUUUAAAAAAAAUUGCCCUGUAUUGAUUAAUUAGGAAAAAGACCAAAGAAGUAUGGACACAGAUACAGCAAAAGCGAUGCUAUCAUUAGUUUUGGGCAAAAAUUGGCCCCUCUUCUCUUACUUCCAUCAGUUUUUAGAGGUGAGUUACCCAUUAGAUUUGUUUUAAUUUUUCCUGACCCUGAAACCAUUUAACACUUUCAGAGAAAAUAUUCCACUGUUUCUAAAGAAAUGUGUAGAAAAUACAAGACAUGAGAUAGGCUGAGUAAUUUUUUGAGGGGUAUUAUUUAGCACAACAUGCGACAGUGCUACUACAGCUACUCCACAACUUUACAUAGGUUAAAUAAAGUAAUAUUUCUUGUUAUCAGUCUUAUUAUUUAUUAGUAAAUAUUAGGUAGGAUUAUGAUCAAUUGAUUUCCCCUGAAAUCUGAAGUAUGUUUUUAUUGUCUUUGAUAAUUGAACUUGUUUUACAGCAGGCUAAAUACAAGGUGAUCAACAAAGAUCAAUGGUGCAAUAUACUUGAGUUUAGUAGAGCUAUACAACCGGAUUUAGAGAAUUAUGAUGAGGAUGGGGCAUGUAAGUCUUACACACGGUUCUGUUUUUAAUUAGAACACCGAAUUAUUCCAUUAUUUAAUUUCUAAUUACUUUAUUUUACGGACUAUAAGACACACUUUUUUCUUCCAAAAAUUGCCUCCGAAAUUCAGGUGCGUCUUAUACUUGAAAUUAAUAUAAAAGUUAUUUUUUUAAAAAAAUUGCUUAAAAAUUAAGGUGCGUCUUAUAAUCUGUAUAACACAGCAAUUAUUCUUUAUUGACUUCUGAUCUCUUGGAUUUCAUAGUGCUUUCAGAUACUGUUUGGUUUAAAUCCCAUUGUUGUGUAACUUACAGAAAUGCAUGUUAUUUAAUAUUUAUUUUAAUAAAGUAUGUGCAUUUUUUUCAGGGCCUGUUAUGUUGGAUGAAUUUGUUGAAUGGUUGAAAGACAACAAGCUCAAAGAUGAUAGUGCAAUGCCAUCGUGA